UAUAAUGUUAUUUUCCUGUUUGUGUUUGUUUAUCCCUCUCAAGUAUGUGUAGUCUACUAUUUUGAGAUUCAGAUAUUAUAUGUCCUCCACUGUCAUGUUGACUCUCAAACCCCGCCCUCCUGGUGUGCGCAUGGACAGCGAACCAAACAAACCGGGGGAGUAAGGGCAGCAGGAGGAGGAGGAGGAGGAGGAGAUCUUCAACUUGGGCUCCGGAGCCGGUGCUCCUACUGGUGCGGUACACUCUCAGCUCUCCACCGGACCGCUAUGCACUACCCACGGAGGAGGAAGUGAGCCACCCCGACACAGAAAGAUGCAGGCGGAGGACAUGGAGGUACCUAUCAUUAAUAACCUUAUCGAUAACGGAGACAGGCAGAAGCCGAAAGGGAAAGAUGUGUUCAAGGAUCAGCAGAAGGAGUCGGAGAGCUCCAUGGAGUCUCCAAACCUGGAGUUUGAGUAUGGAGACACAGACACACUGACUGCUGAGCUGUCAGAGCUCUACAGUUACACAGAAGAGCCAGAGUUCGCCCUGAACAGAGACUACUUUGAGGAGGACUUCAGGAGCCAUGCUCGAGGCAGGAGGUGGAUUGAGCUGACGGUGGAGGAGCAGAGGACGUAUGUGAUGAGACUGCUGGACGCGCUGGAGGUGACAGACAGAGACAAGAGGCUGAAGGUGGCAAGGGCCAUCCUGUACCUGGCUCAGGGAGUGUUUGAUGAGUGCGACACAGAGGUGGAUGUGCUCCACUGGUCCAGACACAAUGUCUUUCUGCUCUACGACAUGGGUAUCUUCACGGCACUGCUGGAGCUGCUGAGCAUGGAGAUUGAUAACAGCCAGGCGUGCAGCAGUGCAGUGAGAAAGCCUGCCAUCUCUCUUGCAGACAGCACAGAGCUCAGAGUACUACUGAGCAUCAUGUACCUGAUGGUGGAGACCAUAAGAAUACAAACAGAGGACGACAGGCCUGAGUGGAGAACAGCCAGAGAGGCCUUUAAGAAUGAACUAGGUUCACCUCUCUACAACGGGGAGCCCUUUGCCCUGCUACUCUUCACAAUGGUAACCAAAUUCUGCAGCAUGAAUGCCCCACACUUCCCCAUGAAGAAAGUGCUACUGCUGCUUUGGAAAACAAUACUUUUCACGCUCGGGGGCUUUGAGGAGCUUCAGGAGAUGAAGAUCCGGGGCAGGGAGCGUCUGAACCUACCCCCUCUCCCAGAGGACAGCAUCAAGGUAGUCAGGGCCAUGAGAGCAGCCUCGCCCCCGGCCUCAGCCAUGGAGCUCAUUGAACAACAGCAGCAGCAGAAGAGAGGACGCCGCAGCCGCAGGAGUGCCUUUGUUGAUAGCUUGGAAGGAGACAGUCCCUUUCCCAAGAAGCAGCCCCUGGUAAAGCAGGACAGCCUGGACACCUACAACGAGCGGGACCCUUUCAAGAACGACGAUGCCCGGGAUGAGGAGGAGGACCCCGAGGACACAGACAGUGGCAUCGAGGGGGAGGUGGACCCCUUGGACCGCGAUGUCAUCAUCCAGCCACCACCUCCUCCGCCUCCCCUCAGACCACCCACAGAAAGGGUUAACUUCCCCAAGGGCCUCCCAUGGGCCCCUAAAGUCAGGGAGAAAGACAUCGAGCACUUCCUGGAGACGAGUAGAAACAAGUUCAUCGGUUUUACUCUGGGAAAUGACAUAGAGACUCUUGUGGGCUUGCCAAGACCCAUCCAUGAGAGCGUCAAGACUCUUAAACAGCACAAAUAUGUGUCCAUUGCUGAAGUCCAGGUCAGAAAGGAGGAUGAGCUGCAACAGUGUCCAAUGACUCUGGGAGAGGAGGACAUUGAGGAGACACCAACAGAGAUGCUUUACCUGGGCAUGCUUCCGAACCUCUCCCAGUAUGUGAUUGCUCUCCUGAAGCUGCUUCUGGCUGCAGCUCCAACCUCCAAGGCCAAAACAGACUCCAUUAACAUCUUGGCUGACGUGCUGCCUGAGGAGAUGCCUAUCACAGUCCUUCAGAGUAUGAAGCUGGGGAUUGACGUGAACCGUCACAAGGAAAUCAUCGUCAAGGCCAUCUCUGCUUUACUGCUGCUUCUGCUGAAACACUUCAAACUCAACCACAUUUAUCAGUUUGAGAUUGUCUCCCAGCACCUGGUGUUUGCCAACUGUAUCCCACUCAUCCUCAAGUUCUUCAAUCAGAACAUCAUGUCUUAUAUCAGUGCCAAAAACAGCAUAUGUGUGCUGGACUUUCCUCACUGUGUGGUCCAUGAGAUGCCUGAGCUCACCGCAGAGAGCCUGGAAGCAGGAGACAGCAAUCAGUUCUGUUGGAGAAACCUGUUCUCUUGUAUCAAUCUGCUGAGAAUAUUGAACAAGCUGACCAAGUGGAAACACUCCAGGACAAUGAUGCUUGUGGUGUUUAAGUCUGCUCCCAUCCUGAAGAGAGCUCUGAAGGUGAAGCAGGCCAUGAUGCAGCUCUACGUCCUGAAGCUGCUUAAGAUCCAGACAAAGUACCUGGGCCGCCAGUGGAGGAAGAGCAACAUGAAGACCAUGUCGGCCAUCUACCAGAAGGUCCGCCACAGGCUGAAUGAUGACUGGGCCUACGGAAACGACAUCGACGCUCGGCCCUGGGACUUCCAAGCGGAGGAAUGCGCCCUACGGGAGAGCAUUGAGAAGUUUAACAGCCGCCGUUACGACAAGAACCGGAACGGCGAGUUUACUCCGGUCGACAACUGUCUGCAGAGCGUGCUGGGUCAGCGCGUGGACCUGCCAGAGGACUUCCACUACAGCUACGAGAUGUGGCUGGAAAGAGAAGUGUUCUCCCAGCCCAUCCAGUGGGAGGGGCUACUGCAGAAUCCCUGAUGGAGAAGGAGGGGAGGAGGGGGUUCAGGGGGACACGGCAAAAGGAACUAGAGAGAAGUAUUUUUAAGGUUUGUUAUUUGUGCAAAAUUUACAAGAUGUCCAAGAUGAGGAGAGAGAGGUGGGGGUUUACCAUGCAGCUGUUAUAGAAAGAUGGGGGAGGGGAAGAAGAACAAGAAGAUGGAAGUUAAGAAGCCAACACAUCGAGAAAUGAGAUGGGGAUCGAUGGAUUCUUCACAGAAGAGAUCAGCACAAAAAGAUGCCACACAUAAAAAUAUACGCUUGACAUUAACAUGUGCCUAUGACUACCAUGAACACACAUGGACACGACAGGUGACAGAGGUAGCAGUUCAAAAGAUACAGCUGUAGCAGGAGACUGUUUCGGUCUGUUAUUCUGCCCCCUCCUGAUGUUUCAAAAGAGAUAACCACUUUGUCAGUUUCUAUGUCCCCCUUUCUAAAAACGUUGGUGCUUUUUUGACUCAUUAGUGUUCCUUUUUAUUUGUAUCAACGUGUGUUGUUAAACUUUUUAGGACGAAUACUUUUCUGAAUGGAGAUGUAAAUUUUAUUAAAUUCAGUUAAGUUUUUUUUUAUUAAAAAAUAUCUAACCUGGGUAUUGAGAUAUAGAUUUAGGGCGUGGAUUUCAUAAUUUUUCUUAUAUCUCUCUAAGGAAACGAUACCCUUUUAAAAAAAUUCCACAGGGUCAUUUUUCAAAUAAUGGCUUAGUAUUCUUAUAAGUGUCACCAAAAAGAGAGAAGUAUACCAGCGAUAAGUGUAUGGUGUUUGUUUGUGAACGUAUAAAAUAUAUAUGUGACUGUAAAAUGAAAACGGAAGAUAUGAAAAUAAUUAUUUAGAGUAAGAACAAUGACUUUUCUGGGAGGAGUUACGUAUAUCCUAUUUGUUCAGAAAUCUGUGUAGAUUUCUUGCUUUUCCAGGUAUCUGAGAAACUUUGGUAUUUUUGAAUUUUAAAUCCAGAAAGAGCAAAAUGUUUAAAUACUGAUGUCAUCCAGGAUUAUCUUGUUCAAACUUUAGUCCCUGUAUGGUUCCAUAGAAAAGCUCAGGAGAGAUAGUGUGUGUUGUGCUCAAGAGGCAGGAGAAGAUUCUGAAUCUUUAAGUUAGUUUUCUUUUAGAACCUUGAAUACUGUUUCAAAAACUACAUGAAACAUAACUGGAAUGGAUCGUGCAAGAGGGGAGGUAUAAGUAUUCAGAAGACCAAUUAAACCCUUUUCUAUGAUAACUUGUGGUUGGAAAAUGGCUGUAAUGGCACACAAUCUACAUGGGAAGAGUUUAUUUGCAAAAAUAGUUAACUCACUUUUGAAUUUUUUUUUAAAAAGUUUCUAAAAACACAUUUUUUCUAAUACUAGCUUUUGGUAUGAUCAAUCAACUGAGGUUGGGUGGCUUUGACUAAGUCAACAUGACUUUACUAAUCAGAAAUAUCUUGAAAAUGUAACUUUAUUAGGAAUCUAUAUCAAAAAGAAACAUGUUUUUUGAAAAUGUAAAAAAACGGAGUUAUCUGUCUUUGCAAAUGAACUCUUCAUGUGCUCUUUGAAAUUUGAUUGGCCACCUCUGGUAUGAGCCCAUAAUGCAAAACUAUGAUUGGCUAUUUGUUGUGUCAGAGCACCACUCAAAAAUUCAACUAUUUAGGCUGUACUGCAACAGGCUGCUAGUAGCUUCCUGAAUGAUACAGUAGACAUCAUUACUGUAGACAGAUAAAUGUUAAUUCUAGUCAUUCAGGGGUGCCCCUGAGAGAUUGUCCACUCUUUCCCCUGUGAUGUUAAAACAAUAGAUAUCAUAGAUUGUGUUUCAGACUGAAUUUACACCUUUGUGAUGUUAUUCAAGCCCAUCAAACAAAAUGUGAGCCAAAAAUUGGUGGUGGCGUUCAACCACUUUCCAGCUAACGUCGCUGUAGAUUGUGUGAUUUCAAAGUGCUUUAGGUCCAGUAUUUUUUACUUAAGACUUAAGUGAAUGUAACAGAAAUGGCUUAUGUGUAGAUGUGUGAAAUGAUUUUUACUUUUGUAUAUCAUCUCACACUAUCCAACAGAAAUGUUAGCUAAAAAGUGGUUGAAAGUUAACAUUGUUUUCCUUUGAAGGUCGGCGCUGAUAUGACUCCAGAGCUUUUUCUAUUCAUUCUAUUGAAAUGAAAAGUAAAUGUUUCUAUGAUAAGAACUUGCAAAGGGUAACUCAGCAAUAUGAGCAAGAACUGCAUGACAGCCUCUCAUCGAGUGCCACAUCAGAGGAAAAUGGAUGCAGUGUUAGUCUGGUGAAUUGCUGCUCUUACUUUGUCAUAAUGGGAACAAUACACACCGACUUUCAAGUUACAUGAAGUGUUUUCCCUCUCCGGCCACAAUGGGAAGUAAUGAGCCUCUUAAUCACACAAUAUGAUGAGUAUUUACAAACAUUUUCACGUUUUUUCAGAAGGAAAGACUUUUACGAUUAUUGUUUACCAGUCUCUCUGUGGAAUCAGCCUUCAGCACUCUGUAAUAGAGAGAAUUAUGUUUGUAGUUUUAUUGUUACUCCCUGCCUCCAACCCUGACUCCCUCUUAAUCUGCCUGGCAACAGCACAAUAUGUCAAACCACUGAGCUCCUCGUGGUGGCCUUGGUGAGCACUUUGCCACCCAUGCUUGGAAGAACACAGCUGUCACAAAUUUGGUGCUGUUUUUCUAGUUCGUCUUGGCCGUUUAUUCCGCGUCACACUACCUAAACUGGGGCUCUAGAUUUUAAGAGUUCUGGAUUGUUUCCUUGGAAUUGCGUAAAAACCGAAGCACACAAACAAGCACAGCAAACAUAAAGCAUGGUCAGCUUCAGUUCAUGUCAUUCUUGCUUGGUUCAGAUUUUGAGGCAAGAGAUGUCAUGUAUAAAACAAUAAUGUUGAUGCUCAGUCUUGUGCUUCUCUCUGGAAAUGUGCAUGGCCACUGUUAUGUUUCGAGGACCUGUUCAUAUAUUUGGAAUGGCUUUUUUGUUUUGUUUUUGUCUCAUGAUGUUUCCAGCACAAUAAGAAGUGUACUUUUUUUCUUUCAAAGUUUAUAUUCUGCAUUUCAAGGGAUUUUUAUUUUGUCUAAAGGAAGACAUAAUCUUUAAAAAAAAAUAGUCUUGUAUACUUUAUAGAUUCUCAGGUUUAUGGAGAUAAUAUAUAGCAAAGAUUUAAAAGCUUCCUUGCCAUCACCUAGCUCACUACUUGUGGAAGAGAAUACACAUUUAUUGUACUAAAGUUACACCUGGAGCACUAUAUAAAUACACUGCAUAAGCUGUACAUGUUCACUGAAUCACAAUAACUCAUGUGAGUUUGUAUUUAUGUCCAUUACAUUUCAGGUUCAGAUGUAUAUUUUGUAUCUUGUGCCAAAUUUCAGUGCCAUUUACUGCUUUCAUUUUAAGUGUUCUUGCCUUCAUGAACAUAUUUAAAGUUUCCAGUCAUGUCACCACUGAAGGUUUGCAAUAGAAAAACGUUGUUUUUUUACCUGAAAAUUGUACAAUCAAUGGAAACUAUUUGUUAUAUCUGGUACUGUAUUUUACCAGAGGUGUUCACGCAUUGUAUGGAUGUCACUACAGUAUAUAUAUGUUUUUGUUACACACAUUUCCAUAUCUGUAUGGUCUAGAUAAAUACUCAAUACUGAAUUUGUUCAGGGGUAUGUGCAAUUACAGAUCCAUAGAGGCAUUAUCAAUAGAAUGACAAAUUACAAUAUCAGAGCUGCAUAUUAAACAAUGUUGAACAGUA